UUAUAUUCUAUCUCUCUUUCUUUCUCUCACAAAAAGAAAAAGUAUUCGUACUCAUCCAAAUACACAGAUAUUUUUCACCAAAACACACUAAUCGGAAAACAAAAAGAUGGCAGGCCAUAUCGUACAAGACUGGGAGCCGGUGGUUAUCCGUAAGAAAGCUCCGACCGCCGCCGCUCGUAAGGACGAAAAAGCCGUCAACGCCGCCCGCCGUGCUGGUGCUGAGAUCGAGACUGUUCGCAAGGCUACUGCAGGUUCAAACAAGGCUGCCUCAAGCAGUACUUCCCUAAACACUAGAAAGCUUGAUGAAGAGACUGAGAAUCUUACUCAUGAGAAGGUACCAAGUGAGUUGAAGAAAGCUAUUAUGCAGGGUCGUACUGACAAGAAGCUCACACAAGCUCAACUGGCUCAGCUGAUUAAUGAGAAGCCACAGAUCAUACAGGAGUAUGAAUCUGGGAAGGCCAUACCAAAUCAACAGAUCAUUACCAAACUGGAAAGGGCCCUUGGUGUGAAACUUCGGGGUAAGAAGUAGAACAAGAACCGUAAGCAGCUGCAAGGAGUUCCUGCCUGUUGCAGCGUUGUGGUUAUGUACUUCUUUUUCUACUAAAAGAAAAAAGGGAGAAAAAAAAAAGGGAGUGUGGGUUCGCAAGCCUUUUGUUUCCUUUGGAUUGACUCUAAUCUCUGCUAUGUUAUUAUGGAUUUUAUAAUUUGGUGUUAAGUCUCAGAUGCUCUGAUGUGUUGAUCAUAAUCAAAAUUAUGUCCAUGGCUAUGACCAGUUCUAUUUUAUAA